AUGGCGUUGAUUACACGUUUUGAUGAUCUACCCGAUCUAGUAUUGAUCAAGUUGUUCUCAUAUCUAUCAUCUAUCGACAUUCUUUGGGGAUUUACGCGUCUUAAUCAUCAUUUGACAACGUUAAUUAUUGAAAAAGGUUUCUUUCGUCAUAUUAAUUUAUCAUUUGGACGUUAUCAUCAAUUUAAUACAAUUCUUCGUUUUCUUCCAUUGAAUGAUAUUCAAUCAGUUUCAAUUGAUAGUUAUGCAUGUCCACUUCAAUUAACUCUUUGGCCAUAUAUGCCUCGUUUGAGAACUUUGCGUAUUAUAGGUGUAUAUAAUUAUGAUCACCUCUUGAUCUUUCUUUUGCUUCAUGCAGCUACACUCACUCAUCUCAUUAUUAAAUCAAACGAAAGACUAGUCCCAGAUGGUCAUUCGAUCGAUUUUAUACACCCAUUAGGUGACUUAGAGAAGUUAAUGCAUAAUAUUCUUCUUAUUCAUUUUCCUGCACUUCGAUCUCUCGACUUUGGCUUAAAAUGUUACUGGAUAAAUUGGCCCAUUACUGUGCAUGUUCCUCUUACCUAUCUGCGUUUGCUAUUGCCAUCCAUGGAUGAUUUAGUUCGUAUUAUGUCGACACAACAACUUUCCUAUUCAUUAUGUCAGUUACACGUUACAAUUGGUAAUGGUGGUUACCGCAAGUAUUGUACUACGUCAAUAUUUCAUUCAUUGAUUCCAAUGGUUAAUUUACAUACAUUCACUUUUUUUCAAAAUUUUUUCUCAUGGUUAAGAAUUGAAUGGACAUUUAUCGAAAUGUUGACAUCUUCGAAUGUUAUGCCUGUUCUUCGACGUGCCAAUAUAUCUUAUUUUAUUAAUAUAGAUGAUUUAAAACGUAUUGGUUCAUCAUCAAUUUUUACCGAUCAUCGUCAUAUCGAUGUUCAUUUCGCCUUCCAUCUCAUUAAUUGUUCUGAAUUCCUCGAAAUGACUCAAUAUAUACCACGUGGUAAUUGUUUUUAUCCACGAGAAAUUGUUGGUGCAACAUUCGUUGUUAAUGACUGGUCCUACAGACCGGACCGGAUCGCUAAUGACAAUCAUUUCGGUCGCGGUUUUCAAUAUUGUCACCAUAUGUGGUAUACUCUUCCAUGGACAUUUGAUGAAUUUUUUCACGAAUAUGAGCUAAAGGGAUGGAUCACUAAAAUACAAGUGUUUGAACAACCUCAAACAAUGACAACAAUUUAUCAAUCAUCUCUUCGUACAUUAGAUACAUCUAGUGAAAAUAUGACAUCAUCUAUAUGCUCUUUACCUCAUGUAGCAUUAUCCGAUUGUAUUGAAACGUGCAAUCUAUUCUAUUAUAAUACACCUUUUGCCAUACAUUUAUCUGCUCUUCGUAAUAUAACUCUCGUCAACAGUAUCAAUUGUCUAAAUGAUUGUUCAUCAUUUGCAGCAACUAUUCGUUCUAUUCGUAUUUACAUUAUGUAUCACGCUUCUAACUAUAUGUUACCUGACUGGCCAGCAGUAUCGUAUUCACUCUCAACUUUGCAACAAUUGAAUUCGUUAGGUAUAUUUAUGUAUGAUUUGCCAAAAGCUGUCGAUACUAAUAACUGUCAAAUGAUUGCAGAAGAAGCACUUAGGGUCACCAAUUUUGCUCUGUGCUUUCGACGCGCAUGUAGUUCGAGUGCAGAUGAAGUCAAAAUCGCAUUUAAAGAUAAUACAAAAUUUAUUAAACAAUUAUGUCAUUCUAUCCUUCGAUUGUCGCUUAACAAACACCCUUAUUAUUCAAUUGAAGAUGAUGGCUGUGGACUGAUAACAUGGUUUUGAUUAAUAAAUAAAUCCGAUAAAAACCGUUCUUAAAUUAUGUUGAAUCUGAUCGGAUACCUUUUCAUACAAAUAUUGUCAAUUAUUCUCGCUAUUCAUUUUGUUUUGAAAAUUAUAUAAAAUUGACUGUAAAAUUGCGUCAUCUAAAAAAAAAAAAACAUUUUUGCUACAAUAAUAAAUGUGAAAACGAAAAAUUAUUUUCAAACAGUAUUAUUUGAAAAAUAGUAGUUGAUUCUUGUAUGGACAUCAUCUAAACUGAUAAGAUAUUGAUCUAAACCAUUGAAGGUUUAUCAAUAAAAUCUAGCAAUGCAUUUUCAGUUUGUUGAUGAAUAAGAUUUUCAGGUAUAAGAGAGGUUUUUUUAUAAAUAUUAUUUUUUACUUUUGAUUCACAUGACGUGUGUCAUUUGAUCAAUAAAUAAAUAUUAAACAGGUUGGUAAUAUCUCGUGCAUCAUGCAUGUUACUUAAAAUAAGCAGAUACUGAAUAGAAAUUCUUGGAGUUAGAAAUUGAGUUUCAAUUAUAUAAUGAAGUUAAUUCAUUAAAUAGAACAAAGCUUAUUAUAAUGUGUUCUACAUUGUCAACAAUGGAAAGUAUGUCUUUGAUCAAUAGUCAUCACCUUCGGCGUUAGAAUUAUCAAGAAACUUUUUGAAUUUCAUAUGAAAACAAUUGUCUUUCUCAAAAGACUGGUAGGUAAAAUCAAGUGUUUUUUCAUUUGUCAAAUGUUUCUUACGAGGGAAGGCCACCAACUGCCUCCUCGCUUUUGAGCUGAAACUCAGUUGACAAUAGGUAAUCGAAUGUGCUGAUUCCGAAUAUCACAAUGGUUUUUCCCCGCUUUCGAUUUAAAGACCCGUUUUUUUAAAGAUUUGGUUUUUCAACCGAAAAAUCAUAUUCACUAAAAAUUUUUUGACCUGUCCAAAUGAAAGAGCACGUCGUCAAACAUACAGAAAACAAUUUUUCAAGGUUCUAAGC